AUGGAAGAAAGUGAAAUAAAUAAUAGCUUAGAAUAUUUAUAUUCUCAAGAAUCAAAUUCAAUUUUAGAAAAUAUGUCUCUAUCUUUAGAUUCACCCAACAACAGUACCAUUCAACAAUCAGAUUUUGAGGAGGAUCUCUUGUUUCUCUUCCAAGAUGGAACUUCUAACCUAGAUCAUCAAAAUUGGUUACAAUCAUUUUAUAAUGACCGUGAGCCAAAUGAGAUCACAGUGGCAAAUCCAUUGACCUUCAACCUUGUCCAUGAAGCUGGAAUUCCAAAAGCAACAGAUGAAGAUAAAACUCAUUCUCUCUACCAAUCUUUGCAAAAUUAUCAUUUUGAUCUGGAUACCGAACCAAAGACAAGCGAUCCAAACUCAUCCCAAGAAGAAAACCAUUCUACCGAGUUUCUCCAAACCUCUCGUACAAAUAGAACCCCAACACUUGGAGGUGCUCAAGGAAUCGAGAGUUGUGUGAGACACUACUCAAUGAAAACAAAGAAAACUACCUCUUGGUUCUUGAGAAGAUCCUUCUCCCAACAAAAAGCAAAAGUUUUGACAAAACUCCUAUUAUCAACUAUCUAA